GGAGAGGCUGGGCGGGCGCGGGCGGCGGUGCGCCGCCGCCGCCUCCCAGCGCCAGCGUUCGGCAGCCUCCCCGGAACCCGGCGAGCGCGGAGAGCUGGCGGGAGCCCCCGCUGCCCCCGGGCCCCCGACCAUGUCGGCCGAGGAGAUGGUGCAGAUCCGUCUGGAGGACCGCUGCUACCCGGUGAGCAAGAGGAAGCUCAUCGAGCAGAGCGACUACUUCCGCGCCCUCUACCGCUCCGGCAUGCGUGAGGCCCUGAGCCCGGAGGCCGGCGGCCCCGAGGUGCAGCAGCUACGCGGCCUCAGCGCCCCGGGCCUGCGCCUGGUGCUGGACUUCAUCAACGCCGGCGGGGCCCGCGAAGGCUGGCUGUUGGGCCGGCGGGGGGAGCCGGGCGGCGGUGGGGAGGAGGAGGAGGACAUGGACGAGGUGAGCCUGCUGUCCGAGCUGGUGGAGGCGGCCUCCUUCCUGCAGGUCACGUCCCUGCUGCGGCUGCUGCUGUCCCAGGUGCGGCUCACCAACUGCCUAGAGCUGUACCGCCUGGCGCAGGUGUACGGGCUGCCCGACCUGCAAGAGGCCUGCCUGCGCUUCAUGGCCGUCCACUUCCACGAGGUGCUCUGCAAGCCCCAGUUCCAUCUCCUGGGGUCUUCUCCUCCGGCCCCCGGGGAUGUCAGCCUGAAACAGAGGCUGAGAGAGGCCCGGAUGACUGGGACUCCUGUGCUCGUGGCGCUGGGUGAUUUCCUGGGGGGACCCCUAGCCCCUCACCCCUAUCAAGGAGAGCCCCCGUCCAUGCUCAGGUACGAGGAAAUGACCGAGCGUUGGUUCCCGCUGGCCAACAACCUCCCUCCAGACCUGGUGAACGUCAGGGGCUAUGGGUCCGCCAUCCUGGACAACUACCUCUUUAUAGUGGGCGGCUACAGGAUCACCAGCCAAGAGAUCUCCGCGGCCCACUCCUACAACCCCAGCACCAACGAGUGGCUCCAGGUGGCCUCCAUGAACCAGAAGAGGUCUAACUUCAAACUCGUGGCUGUAAAUUCAAAACUCUAUGCCAUUGGCGGGCAGGCUGUUUCUAACGUUGAGUGUUAUAACCCUGAGCAGGAUGCGUGGAAUUUCAUGGCACCCUUACCAAACCCUCUGGCUGAGUUCUCUGCCUGUGAGUGUCAGGGGAAAAUUUAUGUCAUCGGAGGAUAUACUACCAGAGACCGGAACAUGAACAUCCUGCAGUACUGCCCCGCCGCCGACCUCUGGACGCUCUUUGAGACAUGCGACGUCCACAUCCGCAAGCAGCAGAUGGUGUCUGUGGAGGAGACCAUCUACAUUGUGGGGGGCUGCCUCCACGAGCUGGGGCCCACCCGGAGGGGCAGCCAGAGCGAGGACAUGCUCACCGUGCAGUCCUACAACACUGCCACCCGCCAGUGGCUCUACCUCAAGGAGAACACAUCCAAGUCGGGCCUGAACUUGACGUGCGCGCUUCACAACGACGGCAUCUACAUCAUGAGCAGAGACGUGACCCUGUCCACCAGCCUGGAACACCGCGUCUUCCUCAAGUACAACAUCUUUAACGAUAGUUGGGAAGCCUUCCGGCGUUUCCCAGCCUUUGGACACAACUUGCUGGUCUCCUCCCUUUAUCUGCCCAAUAAGGCAGAAACAUGACCGAAUUAGUAUUUGAAAGAAACCUGGAUCAAGACCAAAAAAAAAAAAAGUGUCCAUUUUCAAGCGAAACUGCUUUUUAAAGGGGACGUGGGUUUUAGGUCACGUACAAAAGGUGUAAAUAAGCUUACUUGAACCAGUUACUUGAAAACUUGUGGUGAAAAGAGACCAACUUUAUUAUUUUUUUAAUUACUGAUUUUUAAAACGGUGGGAGCAAAUCCAUGAUACUGUUUUCGUACAAAUGUGAUACCCUUAGGCAGAGGACCGAAACUGAUCCUCAAAAAGAAGAUUCAUUGUGCCUGCUUCGUAAAGGGCCAAAGUCAGUAAUUGGCAUGAAUAGUUAAGAUGAUUUUAAAAUCUGUUUUCUUUAGGUCACUUGAAAUAGUGUUGCUACCUUAAGUGAGAGGUUUUUUUUUUUUUUGGUUAUUACUUUACUUGACAAACAUUAACACCAUCUUUCUCCCCUCUUCUCCCCCAGUCACACCCGUAUAUACUUGCAGUGUGUUUAAAAUAGGGUUCUAUGUUCAUAAUAGUGUAUUUGCACACGACUUUUCAGGAAAUUUACCCUGAUGGAACCCAGCAUCCAUUCCUCCCCAAAACCUGCAUUAAAAAUAUUGUCAGCUAUUUUUCUAGUCUUUUUUUUUUUACAGUUUUGAAUACUGAGUAAAUAAGCAGAUUAUAACUUCUUAUUUCAUUUAUGUAGCAGAUUGCAGAUUUAUGUGGUCAGAUACUUGUAUUGCUAGGCAUUCUGUACUGCUUAAAAGAGAGAAUAUAUUGUUUAAAAGGAUGGAUCUCUAUAUUUUUUAAAUCGAGUCUUACAUUUAAAUGGGAAGGGAAGGAAGCACCAAAUAAGGGAAGAAAUGCCUUUAUGGUUUUACUUUUAUUGACUGUAUUUGACUUAGUUCUUUUUUAAAGAUUGAAACAAUAACUUUGUAUUAAGGUCAGGUACCUUUCUAAUUCAGUCUUGGCUUUUCUACCCCAGCUUUGCUUUUGUGGGGUAAAGUGAGGGUAGCUUUGAAACAUCUGUGCAGGAGAGAGGGGAAGAAGCCCUUCCAGCAGUGGAAUGGCAUCUGAUGGGAUUUCUGAAAUUCGAUAGGGUGCUCUUUGCCUUGGUUGUUAAAUCAUGUGGAUCCCUGCUCAAGCCGUUGUUUGUUUACAGUGAGUCACUCAACAGCGAAUAGAAUCUUCUGCCAAUUAUAGAUCAGCAUUUCUUUAAAAAUAUACAGGCAUAUCUUGACGAUACUGCAGUUCAGUUCCAGACCCUGGCAGUAAAGCAAAUAACGAAAGUCACAUGAAUUUUUUGGUUUCUCAGUGCAUGUAAUAGUUAUGUUUACAUGAUCCUGUAGUCUACUAAGUAUAAGAUACUAUUAUGUUCUAAAAAAGUACAUACCUUGGGAGUUCUCAUUGUGGCUCAGUGGUUAAUGAACCCAACUCGUAUCCAUGAGGACACAGGUUCCAUCCCUGGC